CUGAAGGAGAGAGUGAGGCUUGUCAUGUGUCAUGGAACUCCAUCAUAGUUUUACUUCGUAAAUUCUGCAAGGACGAGAUCUAGUAAAGAGGAGCAAGUCACCUCUCUUUUCCAGCCCAAUCUGCUACCAGAGGAGACAGUAUGGAAGCUACUGCAAAGUUUGACUUCAAUGCAACAGGAGAGGAUGAACUGAGUUUCCGGGCUGGGGAUGUUCUGAAGAUUUUAAGCUCUAAGGAAGAGUGGUACAAGGCUGAGCUGAAUAGUUAUGAAGGAUAUGUCCCAAAGAAUUUCAUAGAUUUUCACAGUCCCAGCUGGUUCCAUGAAGACGUCUCCCGCCAUAAGGCAGAGAAUAUGCUCAGGGGCAACAAAGUGGGCUCCUUCAUCGUCCGAGGUACUCAGAACCGUCCAGGCGACUUCUCCAUCUCUGUCAGACAUGAAGAGAACGUACAACACUUUAAAGUGAUGAGGGACCCAAAGGGCAACUACUUUUUGUGGAGCGAAAAGUUCCUGUCACUAAAUAAACUUGUGGAAUUCUACAAGACUUCUUCCAUCUCCAGACACGCACAGAUCUUCCUGCGGGACGAGACCCAGAAAGAACAGCAGGAAGCCACUGUAUGGAACCUGGCCAAAAAGACACAGGAAGUGCUUCACCUGAAUGGAGGACAUGGGAAAGAAGCAGGAGCAUCAGGGCAUAACAAAGAUGUGGAUCAAUCAGCAUCUUGGCAGCAUAAGCAGGACCGACGUGGCAGGAGUCUGGACAUUAAAGAUACGUCUCAGAGCCAAAGACACCAUGGAGAAGGGAGUGGGCCAUCUGUGUUCCGGAGACACACCGAUCCAGCACAGCAACCACAGCGAACACAAUGGGUCCGUGCCUUGUAUGACUUUGAGGCCGUGGAGCAAGAUGAGCUAGGUUUCUACGCUGGAGAUGUCAUUGAAGUCCUGGACAACUCUGAUGCAUUCUGGUGGAAAGGCUCUUUACAUGGAAAAUCGGGUCUCUUUCCUGCCAACUAUGUAGGGCCAAUGUCCUGGUAAAUUUACAUGGUUUGUGACUGUCUUUGUUUUAAUGAGAAUGCACCAUCUUAUCAAUACCUUUCACGUGCAAUCAUAGCACCAACUAUUCAGCACUCAAUAUUAAAAGAGCUUAUGCUCUUUUAUUUUUUUGUUCUUAACGGUAGCAAGAGUCUUAGGUUGUCUAAAAGAGCUCACUUAACUUCCUAUGAACUGUGUCUCAUUUCACAGAUCUACGUUAACAUGCAUCUUUCUUUCAGUGGCUAUUUCUUAGGCAAUUCUUCAGAGAAAGUUUUGGUUUCACCUCAAGUACCCUGUGCGCCAUCCCAACUUCAUAGCUGUUCUACUGCCACAGCUGAACUAUGAAACUUCAUGUCAAUUGGGUACAGUUCUGUCUUCUAAGAAUGCAUGCAGAUGUACAUAAUUUGAGCUUUUUAUGUCACCAUCUUGAGUUCAGAGACCAGGCAGUCAUGUGUUUCAUAUGGAAAGUGCAUCAUGUACAACUCUGAUUGUAUUCUCCUUCGAACAGCUUUUCAACUAUUUUAUAAUUUAUUGUUUGCUUUUAAUUUUUAAAAAGUGGAUGAAGGUAUGUUUAACUUUAUAAGUGUACAUACAGUGCUUGAAUUUUAUUUAUUUUUUUAACUUCAGACUGCUCACCUGAAACAUAGGAAGAAGCCAGGCAAAAGAAUGAAUUGGUGUUCAGUUCACAGAUCAGUACACCUGUCAUUUGCAUUUCAAAUUCAGGAAAAAGCACGCCCAGUGGGGGGAAAUGCAGUGCAACUCCUGUUUUUGUUUUGAUCUGGGUAUGUAUUUACAUACCCUGAUUCCCCUUUGUUGUAAGAUUAUAGAAUUCCCAAGUAAGAAAUUUUUGCAUUAUUGUUCUCUAGUUUGGUUGCCCUUUCAGCCUGUUGCAAAUGUGUAUAUGCAUGCUUACUUUGUUCAGCAAUUCAACAUCUGAGAACACUGCGAUUCUGUUGUCUUGGACUGGACUUGUGAUUUGCUGUUGCUGUUUUGUGUUUACCAGUAAUUUGGAUUGGGCUUCGGCUUCCUUAGUACUAGCUAGAGAACAAAAAAAAGCUCUUCUUCACAGAGCUCUUCUCAGCAGUCAACAGCAGGAGCCCCAUUUCUGUGGAGCAAUUUAUAUUGCGGGCAUUUGGUUUAAGGCCAUUUGAUGUACCAUCAC